AUGUCAUCACCAAACACGCUCAGCGCGAGCCGGCAUGGGGCCGACGACAGUUUCAAGCAGGUCUAUGAGCCGUCAGAUCGAUAUGCACAAGUCGUCCCCGGGCAGAAUGCACCUUUGGCCGUUGAGCAAAAACAAUACGACGCGCCUGUCCCGACAAAUGUCUACUACGACAACCAAGACAAAGAGCCCGCCACCGUACACCACCACAAUGUCGACGGCUACGCGCAGCACCAGCAGCACUACCAGCACCAAACACAUCCUGCCGAAAAGGCCAACAAGAGAGCCACCACUCGGACGCGACCCAGCUGGCUCGUGGCGGCUGGUGUUGCUCUUGUCGCGGCCCUCAUCGCCGCCGCAGUCUCGGGAAUCGCCGUGUGGAAGGCCACAGAGACCAAGGGAGCAGGGACCUGCGAGGCAACCGCAAAUUCCGAUGGCAGACCUGCGCCGACGGGCGGAAAGGAUGGGGAAGCCGUCAAGUGCCCUGCGAUUAUGGGAACCAGCGUCGGCGGGGCCGACAAGGCCAUCCGGCAAAACUCGGCUCUUGCGGCGGUCGGGUGGCGAACCAAGGAUGAGCACCACAUGCAGGUGUUUUACCAGGACGCCGAAGACAAUCUGAUGACCAGUUGGUUCGGAUCCAUGUUUGUCAACUGGACCGUGCCCAGGAAGGUUGCCGUGAGAUCAGGCGACAAGGCCAUGGGCGGCACGCCGCUGACCGUGAGCACCAUUUGGUUCAGUACCAACGUGGCCGACGAGUUUAUUGCCCAAAACCAGAUGAAUUAUCUCUCGCCCAACGGCACCGUUCGGGGGUACAACUUCCGCCUGAUCUGGCCGAUGGGCAUGCCAGACGGCAUCAUGCUGCAGACCUACCAGGCUUCACCGCAGUCGUCGCUCUCCUCUCUCUGGCCCUUCCAGCACUACCAAGAUCCCGAGGGCUCCAUUUUCGAGGUGACGCAGGUAAACAGCAGAGCCAAGCUGUCCGACGUGCCCAACGCCGACAAGGGCACGCCGCUGCUCGCCCUGCCGGUGACGACCAAGCACGACGGAAAGGAGCUGCGGCUGUUCUACCGCGACACCCAAGGCAACCUCGCCCUGUACGAGCGCGACUCGACGGGGAAGGUCACCGACGCCACCGCCUCCCUGGGGAUGUCGAUACCCGCCGACGCCAAGCUGGCCGGAUUCGCCAGCGCCCGCGCUGCCACGGGGCCCGGCAUCAACACGUUUGUGCUGUGGCAGGACGAGUCGCAGGCCAAGGAGAACGGCGGCAUCCGGAUCGUGUCGCAGACGGACGGCGCCAAAGACUGGAAGGGUCCCGUGUCGGAUCCCGUGUUCAAGGACGCCGACGUGCCGACCCAUGUCGCCUGCAUCAACGAGGGCAUGGGCGGCGACAUUCCCAGCCAGGCCCUUGUCGCGCUGACCGCCAACAGUGAGCUCAACAGGUGUUUCUUCCAGGCCGGGCGCAAGCUGAAGCAGGUGUGGCAUGACGGAAAGCGGUGGGUGGAUUUGGGGUUUGUGUUAAUGCCUUGA